AUGAGAGAACACAUAGAGGAUGAAGUUGUAGCAUCUUUCGAACAGAAGAGGGGAAUCAAUUAUCAACAUGAAUACAUGAGACUCUACAUUGCAAAUGUAGUUUUGACUCAAUAACUUAAAGAGCUACUAUAGGAGAAAGGGGAUUUGAUUUCCAAAAUCAAUAGAUUAGAAGAAACAGAAGUUUGCAAGCCUAAUUCAAGGAAAUAGGACUAUGAAGAUUCGAAGAAAAUAGAACAACCAAGCAAAAAACAAAUAGGUAUCUCAAUUAUAAUUAUCAUUAGUGCAGAGGGUUCAACUAAAUAUAAUGAUGAAAAUGUUGUACACAAUCAUCAAUAUUAAACUCGAAAAUUAAUUAAAAAAAAUUGA